CAGGCUUGCUUCCCGAAUUGGAGCUUUAAAAAGAUAACUACACAGCAAUCUGAUGCGAUUAAAUGAUUUGCCAAACGGACUGGUUUCGUAGCGGGCUGUUUCGGUGCAGAUGGGAACAAAAGGUCUAAUGUUGCCAGAGACUCGCCUUUUCUCUCGCAGGGAUGGCUGAACCACCCCAGUCAUGUGACUGUUUUGUGUCUCUACCACCGAGUUCUAAAUAUGAUCAUGUGAUAUUUGGGAAGAACUCGGACCGGCCAAGAGACGAGGUGCAGGAAGUGGUUUACUACCCUGGAGCCUCUCACACCCCUGGGGGCACUGUGCAGUGCACAUACAUCUCGGUCCCACAGGUGGAGCGUACCCAUGCAGUGGUGCUGAGCAGGCCCGCCUGGCUGUGGGGGGCAGAGAUGGGAGCCAACGAACACGGCGUGUGUAUUGGGAACGAGGGGGUGUGGACCCGGCAGCCUGUGAGUCAGGACGAGGCUCUGCUGGGCAUGGACUUGGUCCGGCUGGGACUGGAGCGUGGAGAGAAUGCACAGGAGGCCCUGCAGGUGAUCACGGAGCUUCUGGAGCAGUACAGCCAGGGCGGAGCCUGCAAGGAAGACCCGGAUCAUUUCAGCUACCACAACACCUUCCUGCUGGCAGACCGGCACCAGGCCUGGGUCCUGGAGACCAGCGGCAGGCUGUGGGCUGCACAGAAAUUCACAGAGGGAGUGAAGAACAUCUCCAACCAGCUGACAAUAGGGACAGAGAUCUCAGCCGAGCACCCGGAGCUGCGUGAGGUGGCCGAGGCCCAGGGCUGGUGGAGCGGAGAGGGAGAGUUUAGCUUCACCUCUGCCUUCACCCCAGACAAGCCCCCCGCCAGGAUGGAGCUGGCCAAGGCCCGUUAUGAGGGAGGCAAAGCCCUGCUGCAGGAACAUGAUGGCUCCGUGACAGCAGAGGUUAUGGUGAAGAUUCUGAGGGACAAGCCGAGCGGCAUCUGCAUGGACUCCGGAGGUUUCUGCAGCACUGGCAGUAUGGUGUCCAUCCUCCCGCGGGACGCCACCACGCCCUGUGUUCACUUCUUCACUGCCACACCCGACCCCUCCAGGUCUGUUUUCAAGCCGUUUAUCUUCACGGAAGGUGUGGCUCCGGUUGCCAUGGUGAUGUCUCCAGAGUAUGGCCCGGAUGAUCCUGCGAGGACGCAGCCUCGCUUCCAGCGCCAUGUGGACAGGAAACACGAGCUGUACAAAGCCCACCAGGCUGCUCUCGCUGCCGCGGAGGCUAAUCCGGAUGCUGGAGUGUCUCUACAGAGGACUAUGGAGUUCUUGGAGUCCCAGUGUCUGCAGGAGAUUGAAGCCAUGCUCCGGGGGGAGGUGGAGGCCCAGGAGCUUGGGGGCCUCUUCUUUGACUGUGUGGACGCGGAGAUCAAGCUUUACCAGUGAGACAGAUCUCCCUGACGUGGACUUUCUGGCGUUCUACAGAUGUCUCGUGAACGUCGCCAGUGCUUGCUGAUCUGCCGGCGGGUGGGCGGGUGGGCCGCGGGGGUCGCUGCCAGCUUCAGUCCCUCUGUCGGGUCCUCUCACGCCAUGCAACAAAUCUUCAUGUCCGCGCCACUUAAAAGUGUGUCUAAAAACAACAACAAAAACAAACAAACCCAGAAACUACGUUUGUGUGAGUUGAGCACCAUAAUCAUGUCAUUGUCUCACAGGAUGGCCACAUAUGCACUGAAUUAACGAGUAAGUAAUGGAUGACUAAGGUGUGUGUGUGUGUGUGUGUGUGUGUGUGUGUGUGAGAGAAGAGAGAGAGCAGUUCUGAUCAUUCCAGUGUGAGGGGUUCAGCUGUUCAGUUAACCCUUAAGAGGUGAAAGUCAAUAAAGGCUUAAUGACUCUGUG